CUCCCUUCUCUAAUAUCUCUCUGCCCCCCAACCCGAAAUACCCCUCCUCCUUCUCCUUCUCCUUCUUCUUUACCCCGAGUUCACAAGCCAAAUCUCAAUAAAGGUCGUUCCUUUCUGAUCCUAGUGGGUCGAAUUCGAUCGAUGGCUUCGAGGAAAGAUGUGGAUCGGAUCAAGGGUCCCUGGAGCCCCGAGGAGGACGAGGCCCUCCGCCUCCUCGUCCAGAAGCACGGCCCCCGCAACUGGUCCCUCAUCAGCAAGUCCAUCCCCGGCCGCUCCGGGAAGUCCUGCCGCCUCCGCUGGUGCAACCAGCUCUCCCCGCAGGUCGAGCACCGGGCCUUCACCCCCGAGGAGGACGACAUCAUCGUCCGCGCCCACGCCCGCUUCGGCAACAAGUGGGCCACCAUCGCCCGCCUCCUCUCCGGCCGCACCGACAAUGCCAUCAAGAACCACUGGAACUCCACCCUCAAGCGCAAGUGCUCCUCCGCCCCGCUCUCCCCGCUCGCCGAGGACGGCGGCAGGGCGGCCGACGUCGGGGGUUACGACGUCGACUUGAGCCCCAGGGAACGGCCGGCCAAGCGGUCGGCCUCCGCGGGGCCUUGCCUGAGCCCUGGAAGCCCGUCCGGAUCCGGCAUGAGCGACUCCAGCGUGCACUUCGUGUACAGGCCAGUUGCGAGGACCGGCCCAGUGGUGCCGCCGGUUGAGGCAGCCUCAUCCACUGAAGAUCCACCCACGUCGCUGAGCCUGUCGCUCCCGGGGGUCGCCGAGUCGUGCGAGGUCUCGACCCGGGUCGCCGCUGACCCGAUCCCCUUACUGCCCGUAGUACCAGAUCUUGCUCCGCCGCAGGCGGUUGCGCUGCCAGAGAACCCUAGGCACAGCGGCAACAACAAUAUCUUCCCUUACCCGCCUCCCGCCCCAAGGGUGGGGACCGACUCCUCGCCGUUCAAGGCGGAGUUCAUGGCGGUGAUGCAAGAGAUGAUAAGGGCGGAGGUUAGUAACUACAUGGCGGGGAUGUGCUCGCAGGCUGCGGCGGCCGAUAUAAGGAACGCCGUCGUGAAGCGAAUCGGGAUCGGGAAGAUCGAGUGACUGAAGACAGGAGGAGGAGGGAUUCUUAGUUUGGUGGGGGGCUUGGAGAAAAUGGAAAAUGGAAAAAACUGGACCUCCGUUUUUUCCUUUUUUCCUUUUUUUAAUUUUAAGUAGAGUUAAAAAAACAAAUAAUUUUGGCCGAUGGAUGUACAGUGGAAAAAGAACAGAGAGAGAGAGAGAGUCAGCGAGACAUGUAGAG